AUGGCAUUGCCGGUAUCCGACGAAAUAUUUCUUUAUAAGCCAAGAAAAGGAUGCGAACCUCCGAAUCAGGAGUCUUGUGACACGUCGUCUCAUGCAACUAUUCCGGGGUACUCGGCAUUAGAACACGCGUAUCCGUAUCCACCCCCAGGUGCUGAAACCAUGGAAGGCAAAGCUAAAGCUGCAGCUAUGAUGUCGAUGCUUGAUGACAAACAAUCGCAUGUCCCAAGCCAGUGGAAGAAGCACGUGCUGCCAACGCAUGAUGAUCUGAGUUAUGGCUUGUAA